CACAAAGACAUCAAUCAUAUGUCAUGCAAAUACAUACUUGAAGACGAAAAAGAAUGUCGAAAAAUGAUGCAGCUAGUUCUUCUCGAAGUAGACACAUCAAAUAUAAGGGGGUGAGGCAGAGAAGAAGUGGCGGAAAAUGGGUUUCAGAAAUCCGAGAGCCCAAAUCUCCUAACCGUAUUUGGCUUGGUACAUUCUCCACCCCCGAAAUGGCAGCGGUGGCUUACGAUGUUGCAGCAUUGGCGCUCAAGGGUGGUGAUGCAGAGGUCAAUUUCCCCGAUUCAAUUUCUUCAUAUCCUGUACCGGCUUCUCUUAAUCCACGUGACAUCCAAGCUGCCGCGGCUGGUGCAGCAGCAGCAGCCGGGGCAGCAAUGGAUGCCUACCUGGCCGGUAUUGACCAUGGCGGUGGUGGUGUGGUUACAGCUGAACCGCCGUUGAUUGGAGGGGCCGGUGCAUUUGUGGACGAAGAUUUGAUAUUUGAUAUGCCUAAUGUGCUUGCAAAUAUGGCUCAAGGAAUGCUUCUUAGCCCACCACGGCCUGAUCCUAUUCACGACGAGAAUACAGCUGAAAACGCGAUGGACGUCCACUACUUGUGGAAUUAA